AUGGAGGCGGAUGAGAAUGAGGAGGACGAGGAGGAGGAGGAGCGGAGGGUGUACGCCCAGAUCGCCGAGAUGCGGCGCCGAGAGGCGGAAGCCGAGCAGGCAGCGGCGGCACCCGCGGCGCCUGGGGACCUGGCGGCAGCAGCGGCGGCGGCGGCGCAGGGGCGGGGGCCAGCGGCGGCGGUGGCGGCUGCGCCCGCGGCGGAGGCGGCGCCGGCAGUCGACCCCGCACAGGACUGGGUGGCGGGCCUGUCCCCCCAGGCGGCGGCGCGGCCGUUCGUGCUGAGCCAGAUGGGCCCAGGCGCCCCAGUGCUGGCGGACCCCCGCGCCACCCUCCAGGACUGCGGCGUGGCCGGCGCCAUGCUCGUGCUGCGCUGGAGCGACUGA